UUUUGAAUCAGAACCUGGCAGCAUAUUCAGGUGUUCCGUUCCCUUCUUUGCUCCCUUUCUUCGCUUCUUCAUGUGGUCCUAGCGGCAGCUCUAUGUAGCUGUGCAGGUCCCUCGCUGCUAGAAUCGACGUCCAAGAGGCAAGUCAUGUUGACAAAAACCUGAUUAAGGAUAUGCUUUAGCCUCGGUACUUUACACGGCAGUCUCCAGACCUUCAAAGAAUGAUGUUCAGUCAAGCAGUUAGUUUGAAUUCUGCGUCUGGCGCAGCACAAGUUUGACCCUCAUCUUCCUUUCAGCAGCGCCUGCGCCGGCACGCCCGUUCUAGCACGCAAUGGAGCCCCUUUCCAAUCUGCUUUACCUUCUCGAGCCGGCCGCCGUGCUGCUGAUGGUCACGGCCUGCACAGUGGUCUCCCUGGCAGCGCAGCGAGCGUAUCUGCACACACGAGAGACCGAGCGGCACAAAGAUCUGCAGGAGCAGUCCAUCACGCUCGACUCUAGACAGGCGCUGCUCAUUCCGGUGGCCAGCUCGUGCAGCUUGCUGGUCAUGUUUUACCUUUUCUCCAAGGUCAGCGGGAUCAUCACAUGUAUCACUAGUGUCGCGGCGGGCGCGUCCCUCGUUUUCUGCCUCGCUCCGCUCGUCUCGCACCUCCUCACCAAAGUCGGUCUCCUGGACCAAACCGCCCUGCGCUGCCCGUGCGGCGUGCUCUCCCGCAGCCAGCUCCUGCUCUCCCUUCUCGCCACCACCCUAGUUACCCUCUGGCUCGUCACGGGCCACUGGCUCCUCAACAACGCGCUCGGCACCGCGAUCUGCGUUGCGUUCAUCAGCCACGUGCGCCUCCCCAACGUGCGCAUCUGCGCGCUGCUCCUCGGGUGUCUGUUCGUGUACGACGUCUUCUGGGUGUUUUUCUCGGAGCAGUUCUUCGGGAGCAAUGUCAUGGUCGCGGUCGCGACGCAGCAGGCGCACAAUCCUGUGCGGACCGUGGCGGACUCGCUGAACAUUCCCGUGUCGGCCGCCGUGACGAAGAAACUGGACCUGCCGGUGAAGCUGGUGUUUCCGAGGGACUUGUUCGGGGGGCAAACGGCGGCCGGGGCGCAGCCGGACUGUAUGAUGCUGGGGCUGGGGGAUAUGGCCAUUCCGGGCAUGCUGUUGGCGUUGAUCCUCAGCUUCGACAAGCGGAAAGAGCGGGACGAGCCCCGGGCGGGGGCCCCGCGGCAUCGAUACUUCCGGCAGGCGUCGGUCGGGUACGCGGUUGGGCUCGUAGCAGCACUCGCAGCGGGGGUGCUGACGCGAUCAGCCCAGCCCGCGCUCUUAUACUUGGUUCCCUCCACGCUGGGCCCCGUCCUCUUCUCGGCGUGGCUUCGAAAAGAGUUUUGGGAGAUGUGGGACGGCCCCGAGGGCGACCCUCUGGAGAAGGAUAAGGAGCGACUACUCGAAGCCGUGUAGAUUGCGUGUUGAGGCCGCGGACUCGAGUCCCUUCAGCGGGCCCUGUUUGUGCAAGGUGCCGCACGACACUGACGUAUUUUGUACGGAACCAUAUCGUUGCUCGGUCGAUGCGCGCUGCAACCCGUAUGCAAGAUGGCAAUCUGGGAAUCAGUCACAUUUUGCGCCAUCUCAGGGGGCCAAGACAAGACACUAAAAUGCACUUGCCUUCGGCUGUGUGGUAACCGGAUAGCCUGUGAGGCAUAUGCCUUCGGCAAUCUGCCAAGGCGGACCUCCGUCCACUUUACUACGAAUGCAUA